AUGAGGGCAGAAUCUAUCGAGCUCGGUCAUGCCGAUGACGGAUUCAGGACACAGUUGCACGAAAAUCCCAGCACGGAAGAUCUGGUGGAAAGCAUCUACCUGGAGCAACCCCCAUUCUCUGACACAUCGGCGGAUUUAGAGAGCAUCAUCUGGCGGCCCAGGCUUAGGGAAUGGCUCGUUUUGAGCUGCGUCUCCCUCGUGGCGAUGCUAGAUGCAUUUGACGCGACUAUGAUGGUGCCCAUAAUACCGGUUCUAUCAGCCGUCUUUGAGCAGCCACUUCGCAGCGUUCUCUGGGUGGACACAUCGUACCUUUUCGCAAGUGCAGCGAGCCAGCCGAUAUUCGCCAUGUUGUCCGAAGUCUUUGGUCAGGGACCGAUUCUGAUUGUUGCCGUCGUGAUAGCCACAGCCGGGACCGGGGUAUGCAGCGGCUCCUUGAACGUUCCAAGUCUAGUCGUAGGCCGACUAGUCCAAGGGGCGGGCAAUGGUGGUGCAAUGGCUGUCUCGUCACUACUGGUGACUGACCUCAUUCCGUAUCCGCAUCGAGUACGGUUCUCCGACUACAUCUGUCGAGCUUGGGCGUUUGGGGCGAUGCUUGGACCGGUAACCGGAGGGUUCUUCGCUCAUUACGGGAAUUGGAACUGGACGUUCUACUUCAGCUAUAUUUUCUGUGCCUUGAGUCUCCUUGUGGUGCCCUUUGCGGUCGACUUGAAGGAGUGCAAGAGCAUUGCUAGACACGCAGCGCGUGAAAUGGAUUGGAUAGGGGCUGUCUUGACAUUGCUUGGGACUGGGUCACUCCUGUGCGCAGUUAGCUGGGUAGGGCGACCGCUCACCGGAUGGGAUGACUGGCGCAUCCUGGUUACCAGUUGCAUUGGAGGGUCAGCAGUUGUGGUGCUGGUGCUUUAUGAGAGCAUCUGGGCAUCGCAACCGCUGUUCAAUCUCGGAAUAUUCAGUUCAAUAUCAAAGAUCAUGCUGUACAUUGGCAGUUUACUGCAUGGGCUCUUGGUCCUCUGGCAUCUGCAGGGCCUUUCCAUGUAUCUAUUCCUAGGCAAGGAGUUUUCAUCACCCUCUACCGGGGUAAGCCUCAUGGCGGUUACCGCACCUACUUUACCAACACUCCUUCUCACAGCGAAACUUGGAAUUGGCAGAUACCCUAUCCGCCCACGAUGGAUUGUCCGCGCAGGCUGGACCCUGAAUAUUCUCGUAUCAGGUUGCUUCAUACUCUUUGACGCCAAUACGCCGACACCCGGCUGGGUCUUCAUCUUCCUUACCACCGGAAUCAGCCACGCUCUUCUUAUCUCUGGCUACAAUACAUGCUCACAAACCGAGUCACCCGUUCGCAAACGCGACGAACACGACGGUCGGCAAGCGAUGCGAAGGGGUAGAAGCAGUAGCACUGCCUUUGCUAUCUUGAUGUACUCUAUCUUUAGAACAUGGGGGAUGUGUAUUGCUGUUCCCGUUGGCGGGUCUAUCGUUCUGACGCAGAUGGUCCAAGAGAUCGAUACGAAUGGAAGUGCUGCUGGAGCGUCCGGCUCGUUGGUCUCGAAGGCCGGAAUUGUGCUGACUCCGGAGAACAGGGAGGAGCUGGGUCGUUUGUUUCUGGGCAGCUUUGGCGUGUUGUGGCGGUUCUUCAUGGGGGCUUCUGCUCUGGGGGGAUUGUCUUCGCUGCUGAUCCGGUGA